UUCAAUCGCAACGAAGUUGCGCUCGAACGACGCGAAGUAUUAUAUGCCGUGAAUGUCGCGGUACAAAAUUUCGCAGUCGGUUGUUCAGUUGAGAUCGGAGUGUUCAUCACAGUACGCCAACUAGAUUCCACGCGCAAGUUGCACAUAGUCCUCCAGGAAUAAACAGAUGUAGCCGUAGCAUAUGGCGGAACUGAAUAAUCACAGUUGCUGCAGAAUAGUUAUCGGAUCUGAAAUUUAUUGACUUAUAACAGCGAUUGUCUCCUUUAAGUCAAUAUGAAGUUGUUAUCAAUUGUUCUCGUGAUUUUGGCGAGCUGCGACCAAAUCGCCAAUGCAUACCGGAUUCUCGGCAUAUUCCCGUUUCAUUCACCGAGUCAUUGGGUCAUGAUACAGACUCUGAUGAAAAGUUUGGUGCAACGUGGUCAUCAAGUAGACGUUGUCUCGCAUUUCCCGCAGAAGAAGCCGAUACCAAAUUACACGGACAUUAGUCUGGCCGGUUCUGUCCCCGAAGUUCGGAACAACUUAUCCGCCUCUAAUAUUUUCUCGUUCAACAGUUUUACCAUAAAAUAUAUGACCAAAAUAUUCGGGAGCGAUACUUGUGAGUUACUAGGCCAUCCAGCAUUGCAAAAUCUGAUCAAGAAUCCGCCGCAGGAUCCUCCCUACGACCUCGUUAUUAUAGAGGUGUUUACGGCGCCAUGUUACUUGGCCUUCGGUCGUCUGCUCAAGGUCCCGAUGGUAGCCGUCAUAGCCACCUCGCUCUACGACUGGCUCCACGAAAUGAUCGGCAAUCCAUACAAUCCCGCCUUCAUCCCGAGCCUAUUUUCGACGUUCGAUCAAGACAUGAACUUCAAGGAGCGGCUCACCAACUUUCUCAUCACGAAUAUAUUAUCUAUACAAAUCAACUACCAGGCGAUCUUCCAGGUGGAAUAUGUGAGAAAGUACUUUGGUAUCGAAGACACGUUCAUCAGGGAGCUGUACAGCGAUAUAUCUUUGUUUCUGGUGAACUCGCAUCCCGCGUUGCAGGGAAUCAGGCCGUACAUGCCGGCCGUAAUCGAGGUGGGCGGUUUGCACAUCAAGGAUGAUGGUGGGCCAUUGUCGCUGGAAGUGCAGAAAUGGCUGGACGAAAGCAAGGACGGCUGCGUAUACUUUACGUUCGGCUCCAUGGUCAGGAUCGAAACUUUCUCUAAGGAAUUGAUGGAAAUAUUCUACAUGUCGUUCAAGAAGAUUGCGCCGGUCCGCGUGUUGAUGAAAGUUGCAAGGAAGGAAGAUCUGCUGCCGGGAUUGCCAGAUAACGUGAUGACGCAGUCGUGGUUCCCGCAAAUCACCGUUCUCAAACACAAAAACAUACGGGCUUUCAUCACGCACGGCGGGCUCAUGGGAACGCAGGAGGCGAUCUCUUACGGAGUCCCCAUGAUCGGCAUCCCCCUAUUUGCCGAUCAGCAUGUCAAUGUCCAGUCUUGCGUGAAGAAAAAGGUGGCUAUCUCGCUAAACUCUGUACACGAUGUCACCGAGGAGAAAUUAACAUCGGCACUGAAUGCUAUCCUGAAGGAUCCCACUUAUCGUGAGAACGUACAGAAACUCUCGAGAUUGUUUCUCGAUCGUCCCAUGAGCGCUCUGGAUACGGCUAUAUAUUGGGUGGAAUACGCUGUGAAAUACGGUAACUUCCUUCAAUCACCGGCCAUGCGUCUCUCUUGGUGGCAACGUUACUUACUGGACGUUUACGCCUUCUUACUGCUCGUGGUUAGCGCGGUGCUUUUAACCGCGCUGUUUAUUCUGUGGAAGAUCAAGAGGCUCUUGCCCGAACCGCAUGUGUACGCAAAGGACAGCGCGGCGGUUGAGUCGAAGAAGAACGAGUAGGCAGAACAGGGGCAGAACUCUUUUAGGAAUUUUACACAAUGACUUGCCGUUUGUGCGCUUCUCGCGAGAGAGAAACAAUAGUCGGCAACGGAUCGUUAGGGAGGAGAAAAAUAUUUUUCAUUCUCUCUCUCUCUCUCUCUCUUUUAAUAAAGUGUAUUUUUAAGUAAUUGUACGUAUUAUAUAACAAACGUAAUUUUUGCUGCGAUCGUAUUAAUUUUCACGCGGAAUAAAAUUGCAUUACUGUGUAUACUUGAAUAAGCGCGCGUAUGUGCGUGUACGUGUGUCAUGUCAAUACACGCGCGUUGUAACGCUCUGAUAUUUUCAUUUCAAGAUAUACAUUGAUAUACAAGAUAUACAUUGUGUUACUUGAAAAUGCGCACGGACUGCAAAAUCCGACUCGAUCGAUCGGAAGUGGCAGAAGUGCGCGUUGACAGAUACCUGUAAUCUGUUAGCGGAAUUAUGCAAAUAUCCGAUUAGUUGCGACGCUCAAUUGUAAGUGGCCGUUGUUGAGUGGCCAAAUAAAGAAAGCGGGUCUGAUAAAAUCAAUACGAAGGCAGUGCUCGUAGCGUCGGAUAUAAAGGCGCCAUUCGUGCAUUUUUGUCCGCGAUUUUUGCCUCUUCCGUAGGAAUCCGUUUUCUUAUUCGUACACGUGAAAUAUACACAUUUACAUACGCAUAAAUAUGUGCGUGU